GUGCUGGUGCUGCAUGCGACAACGGCGAACGUUGAUGAAUGCCGCUGUGUAUUGUUUGGCUGUCAGUUUUGAUCAAAAUUCGAUUUUAGACGGCAUCGAAUUGCAGAUAGCGUUGCGGUGAUUUGGCAGCAGGAUUCAGCAAAUUGACCGUAUAACGGAAGAGAAAGCUGUUAUGGGAAUUGGUGCAGAUGAAUGACAGCAAAUCGUAGCGGCAGUUGGGAAUUCAAAGUCUUUACUGUUUCUACUACAAAACAAACAAAUCAUUUUCAAUUGUAUGAAUUUGUAGCAAUAGCCAACUAUAUUUCAGUGAUAAUACAACAUUAAAUUACAUUACAACAUUAAAUUGACACUUCUUAAUAAGCUGUUUCAAUUUAAAUAAAGCUCAGACCCAGCUCAAAUCAAAUUCAAAUUAACCGCCAUUCACAAUAGUCAAAUUUAAAAUUUCAUAGCAAAUAUGGCGCUCAUGCGCACUACAUGAAACAUCGUUAUAAAAACAGCUGUUUGCAAAUGGUUCUAUAUCGAUAUAAAUUGUAAACGAUAACAAAAUAUACAAAUAUUGAAGCAUUAAAUCAAGAAAGUUUUAAAACAAAAAUGUUGUAAAAUUGAAGAAAUAUAAAUGUAAACGUCGUUGAACUCAAAUUAAAUGUGCAAUAAGUUAAAUUUAUGCUGAAAUUCAUACAAUCGUAUGGUGAUCGAAGUGCGUUUUACAACACUGAUGCGAACAGCCGUUCACACUGAGAAGGUAAACGGCGGCAACCAAAAUAGAAAGAAAAGCCCAACUGAUAGGCGUUGAAAGAAACUGAAUUUUCUAUACGUAUGUCUUUAUUGCUAUGUCCAAGCGCAACAAUAUAACCUACGUGAAGCCACAGGAACCCAGUUUUUUGGCCAAACUUAAGGCGGAGAUCGGCUACAAGGAGGGGCCCACCGUCGAAACAAAGCGCCAAAGACUAGAGGAUCUGGAUCAGGAGGACUACGAUUCUAGUGAGGAGCGACCUGAGCGUGAAGACGAAAAGCCACAAAUUGUGGUCCUAACGCGUGGGGAUCUCACGGCUGAUGAGGUGGCCCUCGAGCAGCAGCGCAUAGCGAAAGAAGAAGCUGAGAGGCCAGCGGAUUUGAGCCAACCGAUUGUGUUUAAGCAGCGGGUUAAGCAGCCCAAAAUCCAAACUGAGGACAAACCAGAGAAAUCGGAGAAGCCGCAGAAAUCGAAGGAUAAAAAAAGCAAAAAGUCAAAGUCGAGCAGCAGCAAAUUGUCGUUCAACGAGGACGAGGAGGACGCCGAGGCUGGCGAGGAUUGAAAUCUAUAAGAAUUUCAACAAAUAUCCAUCUAUCUGUCAAUAUUGUAUUCGCUGCUGUAUCUACGACUAAGCAGCAGCAGCCUCUUUGUAUGGUUGGCCGCAGUGAAUGGUUAGGCGCAUCCUCGACAACAGCAGCAGCAGCGACAUCUAUCGACCAAGAGGCACAUUCCAAAAACCAUAGAA